CGUUUGUUAUUUCUUACAAGUGUAUAUACGGCACAAUAAAACGAGGACAGUAAUUCGUUUAAAAGAAAUACUCAGGUCUACCGCACAACACCUGUUUAAAUUCUUGCCAUUUAUUUGACUUUUAUAUAAAUUCCACCUGUUUUGAAAAUGGAUGUAAAUUCUAAUCUAAACCAAAGUUUGAGCAGCUCUGGACAUUUUAAUGCUUUGCCUCAGCAACAGAAUGUGACUGGUACGACUUUUACACCUGAACAAUUCAUAGCUUUUCAACAAAUGCAAUUAAACGCUCAAAUGGGAAAUUUAACACUAACAAAUGGACUUCAGCCUGAUUUAUAUCAGAGCCAGAACGUGACAUCGCCCAUUAUUUUUCAUUCAAUGCCAAAUUUUGUGCCAACAUCUUCUGGACUAAUGGCGGGAGUAUUACCAAUUUCACCGACAAAUCCGAUGCAUUACAUGCCAUUACCACAGUCGACAAUGGACAGUUCAAACCCAGGAGUUUUCCAACAUUCAAUGCAAUCAGGUCAGUCUUUUGAUCCUUCUAGUAAUGAAGCAAAACAACAGCUUACUCUUAUGUUACAACUUCAGAACAAUAUACCAUCUGCGGUUGACUUGAGAAAAACUGUUCGAAGAGAUAUCGAGGGCCACCAAAACUAUGAAGAACCACAGUAUUCUCCGAGAAGUCCACAAUUCAUAUCAACACCAAUUAAUUUAUCAUCACCCAAUACACCAAACUCGACCGCAAGACGACAGUUAGUGUUGUCUGAAACCAGUAGUACGACAUCAUCUGGACCUGCUUCGCCGUCGAGUGGAAUAGGAAUGCCGAAUGUAUCGCUAUCAGAUAACAGCCCAGGACCCAAUUCGCCAAAAUCGCCAAUUUUUGUUCGACAUUUUAGCGAACCGCAAACAACAAAUGUUCAAAAAGCUCCAACAAGAGCUUCAUCGUUGAAAAUCGAAACUAAAUAUCCCCAAGAUAAGUGCUAUCGUUGUAUGAAAAAAGUAUACCCGAUGGAAAAAAUAGGACCAGUUAAAGAUGUUGUAUACCAUAAGGGGUGUUUUACGUGCAAAACCUGUGGUACAAAACUAAAUUUGAAGAAUUUUUGUCAUAAUAAAAUUGACGAUUGGGAUAUACAUGUAUACUGCAAAUCACACUGUGAUCAGGGUUCUCCACAGCCAUUUCAUAUUGAUGCCAAUUCUGUUUUAAUAAAAGGUGCAUUAUCGGCACCAAAAUUAGACAAAAUUAAUGAACAAAUUCGUGGAAGUGAAGAAACGCACAAAGGAGGGAAACUGGAUGCAAAUGCAGUUAAUAUUCGGUCUGCACUCUCGGCUCCGAAAAAAGACGACCAAAUUAAUAAGCGUGAUAGUCGAUACCAUCUUGACUUGCAGUCUUUAGAACUUGCCCACGCAAGAAAUGUACCCGCAACCGACCUCCAAACGGGCAACAAAAUCAAACAGCAAGCCUGGAAACGCAACGAACGGAAAUCUGAAUCGGUUCCACCAACGGAUGUGGUUAGAUACAGUGACACAGUACCGGAAUAUGACAUGGAAAGUUAUAAACGACUUCAGGUAGAAAACAAUCCAGAUUAUGAUAGAUUAUAACGAGACUAUUAAACAUAAGACAUUUCUGUAGAAUCUAAAUAUUACCGAAAACGGGUGCAUUUAAUCAGCAUUAUAAGUGCUUAUAUAUGUGUGCGAUAAAAUAACUAUUUUCAGUGUCAUAUAAUAUGUAUCGAAAUAUAAAAUAUUUAAAUUUA